CGAAAUUAAAUAAUAGAUUAAAUUACAAAAAAUCCUUUAUUUACAGAUUUUAUACAAAAUUUGGCAUCCCUGGAGUAAUAGGAUGCAUAGAUGGGUCUCAUUUUCAUAUAUUCACUCCAAAAAGAGACAUUGAGCAUUUAUUUUAUUGCAGAAAGCAUUUCUACUCACUGAAUGUGCAAAUGAUAUGUGACAGUGAAUGCCGAAUUAUUAGUGUUAAUGCAAAAUAUGGAGGUGCUACCCACGACGCAUUUAUUUGGGAAAAUAGUCAAGCCAAUAGAUAUAUCCAGGACAUAAAUAAAAAUAAUGAACAAGUUUGGUUUUUAGGUGAUUCUGGAUAUCCACAGAGGCCUUGGAUGAUGACACCAAUCCCAGAUGCUGCUGAAGGUACGCCAGAGGCAAAAUAUAAUACCAUCCAUGGGAAAGCCAGAGUUGUAAUAGAAAAUACAUUUGGUAGACUUAAAAAUAGGUGGAGAUGCCUUUGUAAGGACCGGACAUUACACUACACCCCCGAAAGAUGUGCAACUAUAAUUAUGGCAUGUAGCGUUCUACACAACUUAGCGAUAGAUUUUAUGGUGCCCGAUCCUGAAGAAGAUGUCAUAGAUUCUUUAGAAUUAGGAAUAUCAGCAGUUUCUUCAGAAGAACCUCUUCGCGAUCAUGGUUCUAGAGAUGAUUUGAUUCGCGGUAGAACACUAAGACAAAUAUUAGUGGAUAGAAUCAAUAGACUACACAUUGUUAAUAAUUAAUUUAAUGUUCCAUUUUUUUUCUAGGUUUUGUGUUACCAUGUGUCAUAAGAGAAUAAUUGUAUGAGAACUCUGUCUGUAUUUUUUUUCUUUAUUUGUAAUUUUAAACUCAUUGCACAGAGUGUUAAG